AUGAAUAUUACUACACGAUAUCUACACAUGUAUUUCCUCUAUCUCCUCUACAUACCAUCAGUUCUCGCAGACAAUACGCAAAGUAACGCCUUCAGCGCCGAAGCCUCGUGUUAUGCCCUCCCAUAUGGUGGUUGGGGCUUCUUCUCUCACAUCCUCACAUAUUACACCGUUAUCGUAAUGUGUUGCCACAAGAGACCUGCCACACCGUGGAUAGACUCCACUCCCGACAGCACAUGGAACAAAGCGAUCGCUAUUGUAAAGCUUCUCUUUACACUCCUACCAGCCAUCAAAACCAUGAUCACAUGCAAUCACGCCUGGCAAUUUGAAACCAUCGCGGCAAUGAAACUAGCUCUCUCGCUUACCUCGGGCUUCAUCGCCAUCUUCCCUUCUUUCUGGUGGCUACUCCUCUAUCUCCCCGGCGUCAUCGCCGGCACAGCCGGUACCAUCUCUCUUGCCUCAUCUAAUUUCUCAUCGCGAAUGAGCACCAUCACUGCGGUGUUUGGAGGCGUGGGCUUAGCAAUCGCCAUCGCAACUGUAUUCAUCUCCUGCCUCCGGUUCUCGGGUAGCGAUAAAAAUCCCUUUGGAACGGGCGCAUUGAUCGGACUUAGUGGAUAUGCGUCUUGCGUGCCGAUUUGUUUGGUUUUCGGUGCGCUGUAUUCGGAUUGGGUGCUGGCGAUUGUGGCGGAUAAUUUGAUGGGGUAUCCUUCUGGUCAGUCGAAAAGUGUGCAGGCGUUGUGGGUUUUGUAUAUGAUUGGGAAGAGGUUGAAUUUGUUGACGAUUUGA